AUUUACCCUUCGUUUUCAAAAGUAGGAAGGAAUUAUCCCACAAAUUAUAACAUCAUAAAAAUGGUUCGUGUAAGCAACACCAUCUUGGCCAUCUUCAACUGCAUUACUUUACUAAUAGGUCUGGUGAUCAUGGGUUUAGGCCUAUAUAUCUUUGCAAGAGGCAGUGCCACAGGUUGUGAUAAAGCUUUGCAAAACCCAAUGAUUAUAGUGGGUGCAGCCAUUUCUGCAAUAUCAUUGUUUGGGUUGAUAGGCUCAUGUUGCAGGGUCAACUUUGCUUUGACGCUUUACUUGAUUCUCUUGUCCUUGUUGCUUUUGUGCCUAAUUGGUUUCACGGUUUUUGCCAUUUUGGUCACAAAUGAGAGCAUUGGCAAGGCCUUCUCGAAAACCAAGAUCAUGGAUUUCCAUAACUGGUUGAGGGACAAUCUUGGUGAUGAAAAGCAUUGGAAUGAUAUUAUUAAGAGCUGUGCGGUUCAAACAAAGAUAUGCCAUGAGAAUAAUCACAAGAAGCUCUCUGAUAUACAGUCUGGAUGUUGCCAGCCACCAGUUUCCUGCGGAUUUGUAUCAAACAAUGCGACGCUCUGGAAUCGUCCUAAAACCAGCCCAGCUGUAAAAUACAGUGGUGACUGCGCAGCCUGGAGCAACCGUCAGGACACCCUUUGCUUCAACUGCGAGUCUUGUAAAGCUGCAUAUGUUGUCACUAGUAGGAAGCAAUGGGGACAAUUGGCCAUAGCCAACGCCUGUUUCAUUGCCUUCACUGUAAUUUUCUAUUCCAUUGGUUGCUGUGCAAGAAGUAACAACCAACAAGACAGCCACCACAGAUACAGAGGUUAUCCUUGAACCGACCAUUCCAUGAGCAAGAUGGGGACUCAGAAAUUACAAGGGCAUGCAUGUCUUCACCAGCUAUUAUUUACUGGAGCUGGCCUUGUAAUGUCAUUUAUGUAUCUCCUAUGACUUCAAUAAUCAAAACCGUGGUUUGUAAUCAUAUAUUUGUUUACUGAAAUAUUAUUAUUCUUCAUUAGUAUAGCUA